UCCAGAUCUGGCAGAUUGGGACCUCCAAAUUUGACCUUGCCUGAUCUUGGAUGCUGAGAAACAAUGGCUGAGAUUGCUUCGAUGCGGCUGCUCCGCUCCGGCGCGUCCCAUCCGCCGCGCAAUCCAUCUCAUGCAUUCAUCCCGAGCAAAGCUCAGCUGCUAGUGCGCGCUGCGUUGCUGGCGCUCGGGAUGACUCUGUUUGCGACCGGCUUGUUCCAGCUGCCAUCGCCGUCGCCAGCAGGCCGCUGGUCUGCCGAUCCGUUCGCCCACCCGACCCUGCGCUGUGCUGACGACGAGCCAGACUGCAUGAACUGGGAUGGCGGCGACCGUCCUGCGGCGUUCGAUCGGAUGGUCUUUGUCGUGAUUGACGCACUGCGCGCCGACUUUAUGCUGCCGUACCGCCGUUUGCCUCAAGCUGGCGAGCCAACCGACCACGCAGGGAGCUCAAGUGACGCAUCCAGUGCUCGUUGGGAGCCUGGGCGGGCCAAUCAUGCUCGAUUCCGUCAACUCAUCCAGUCCUCCAACCGGUCGCUGCCGUUCGUUGCCCAUGCACAGACGCCGACAGUCACGCUGCCGCGCAUCAAGGCGCUAACAACAGGCAGCAUCCCUGGAUUUCUGGAUCUCGCGUUUAAUUUUGGCGGGUCGCUGUCGACGAGCAACGGAUUGGAGCAACAAGCGACAAUGCCAACGCUCGAAUCUGCCAAGCUCCUCCCGCCGCUGCCUGCCAGCUGGGUGGAUGCGCUGGUGGAGGCUGGCAGAAAGGCCUACUUUUUUGGAGACGACACGUGGCUUCGGCUGUACCCGCGGCACUUUCGCCUGCACGACGGGACAACCUCGUUUGUUGUGCACGAUUUUGUGGAGGUGGACCAAAAUGUGACUCGACACAUCGUGCCUGCGGUGCUGGGUCUGUACGAUACAGGGCAUUCGAGUCUAGAUGCACACAACAUUCAGCGAAAUACCCAAGUACCCGCGUCGGCAUCGGCGUUUUCGGACGACGGCUGGCGCUGCAUUGUGCUGCACUUUCUCGGCGUAGACCACAUCUGCCACGCCGAGGGGCCAUCGAGCCCAACGCUUGGCCCGAAGCUCGAUGAAAUAGACGACAUGCUGUUUGACCUGCACCAACUACUGCUGGGAGAGGAUGCACGACAAAACACGCGAACAUUGCUGGUCGUGUGCGGUGACCAUGGCACCAAUGAGCGAGGGAACCAUGGAGGCUCCUCAUCGCUGGAGACAGAAACGGCCGCCAUCUUUUUAGGAUCUGGGCUGCAAGCUAAUCAGGGCAACUUGGAAGAAGCUGCGAGAUGGCGCGGAGUUUCCUUCACCAACGAUCAGCGCCAGCACAUUCGCCAGAUUGACAUUGCCGCGACGGUCUCGCUGGCCGUGGGCCUUCCUGUACCAUCCGGCAACGUCGGUGUUCUGAUCGAGUCGGUGUUGUUGGGCGGACAGUACUCGGAUCGGGAGUUGUGUUUCACCUCUGAUCUCCGGCCAAGGCUACGGCGUCUCAUUCGCGGUCAAAUAAGUAUUCUACGCCAGCUUUAUGUCUCCCUUGGCCGCACUGCGAAGGAUAUUGACCUGGCCCUGCAGAAUGAGGACUGGAAUUCAGACUGCUCCACGCACUUUUCCAACAGCACCUCUCUGCUCGAUUCUGCCAGGCGUGAACUUUACGGCAUUCCAACCCAGGACGAUCUCCUUUCAUUAAAGUCUUGUGAAUGCACACUGCAAGCUCUGAGAUUCUUGGCACGCGAUGCUUCUGAUGCCUUGGCCGCUGAGUCGCGACAAUCCAACCUUCCGAAUCUUGCCAUGGCUUGCUUGACGAUCAGUGUUGUUGCACUGGCAUCGAUUCGUUCCAUUUCUAGUGCGCCGCUGCUCUGGAAGGUGAUUGCAGCACUCCCAGUUCUUGCCGUGUUGGCCGAGUGUUUCCCGGAGCUCUCCGUUCAGCAAAUCGCAGCGUUCUCCUUCCACGCGUCGCUGUGGGUGCCGGCAAGCUUGUUUGCAGCUGCAGUCGUCUUUGAAAGGCUGGCCUUUGUGGUGCCUCCAGCAGACCCAUUCCCAGCAGACCAGGGCUGGAUUCGCAGUUGUGCGUCACACCUUCUUGCAGCACAUGCCCUCAGCCUCUUUUCGAGUUCAUUUAUCGAGGAAGAGCAUCAAACAUGGUACUGGCUCGCCGGCAUUCUCCUCGUUCUGCUCGGUCGAUCCAAUUCUAGAAUUUCGAUCGUCCGGCUAGCCUUUGCGAUGGCCCUGCUCAAGAUUGGCCGAAGCAUCAACCAGACUGGCGUCAAGUGGUUGCAAGUGCCAGACCUAGCAAGCGAGCUGCACAAUCCCCAAAAUUGGCCUGUGCUUCUCUGCAGUCAGGUUGUCGCAGGAUUGCUCCUUGUCACAGUGAUGUGGCGACUUUUAAAUCUCAGAGGGAUUUCGACGAGGCUUCACCAUCUGUCACACUGGGUGACGACUGUGGGCAUUUUUGGGCUGAUCUUGAUCCAGGCAUUUGCUCCCCAGCACGUGUCCGGGACCAUCCACAAGCUCCGGCUGUUGGCUUGCGUCAAGUCAGUUGGACUGGUGUUGGGGAGCCUGCUGCUGCCAGCUCGCGCGCAAUCGACGAGCAGUCCCAACAAGUGUGCCAUAUUGUAUGAGAUUAGUGCCGAGUUUCUCACGCACAUGCUCGUUCUGCACCAACGACCAGCCAACCUGAUUGUGAUUGCAUGCUUUCUCGCGUUGCUCCUCGCUCUCCAUCAGGUGAAGGACAGCAUGACUCGAUGCAUUGGACAUGUCGUGCUUGGGUAUGCGUUCUACUAUGCGUGUGGCAAUUCGAACGCCAUCGGCACAUUGGAUGUUGCGCGCUCCAGCAUUGGCUUUGACACUGACAGCCUGGUGGGACCUGGGCUGGCGUUGUUUGCAAGCACCUUCGGUCCGAUGAUGAUUUCCGUGCUAUUGGCUCUGGCGAGUGCCCGCUCGACCGACUCUCGCAGAUCUACCAUCCACUGCGUGAUGGUCUUCCACGCCCUGCACGUCUGCGCGAGUGUGACCUCUGUUCUUCUUCAACGUCACCACCUCUUCAUUUGGAGUGUGUUUGCGCCAAAAGUGGUGUAUGUGGUGGCGCUUUCUGUGGCCCAUCUUGUGCUGGUCGUUGUGCAUCUUGUGGUUGAUUCAUGCCACGAUUGAAAGGGCGAUUUAUCGUUCUAAAUCUUGUAUUUUACAUUUAUGUACACGAAACAUGCGGUUUUCCCUGCCCCGAUGCUCCUUGCUAUUA